UCCCACUCACUCAUUCUCUCUCGAUGGAUAGUGUCCCUUCUUAUCUGUUAUGCUUUGUCAUCGUUCUAGCCUUCUCAAUGAACACACGUUCCGAUCUCCCCGGCACGUGGGAGCUUCUGGUGGCGGACGCCGGCAUCGCCUCAAUGCACACGGCGGUCACACGCUUCAACACGGUGGUUCUCCUUGACCGGACCAACAUCGGCCCCUCGAGAAAACUCCUUCCAAAGGGGCACUGUAGGUUCGACAGAAACGACGCCAUUUUAAAGCGCGAUUGCUAUGCGCACUCGGUUCACCUCGACCUCAAAACCAACCAACUCAAACCUUUGAAGAUCCUAACCGACACGUGGUGCUCUUCGGGCCAAUUCCUCCCAAAUGGAACCCUCUUACAAACCGGUGGCGACCUCGACGGGUUCAAAAAGAUCCGAAAAUUCGACCCGUGUGACGUAAGCGGAUCAUGCGACUGGGAAGAAUUAAACGACGUCGAAUUGGCCGAAGGCCGAUGGUACGCGACCAACCAAAUAUUACCGGACGGAUCGGUAAUCAUAAUCGGUGGAAGAGGCUCCAACACGGUGGAGUUUUACCCUCCAAGGAAAAAUGGCGCCGUUUUGUUCCCUUUCCUCGCUGAAACAGAGGACACGCAGAUGGAUAAUUUGUACCCUUAUGUCCAUCUUCUCCCCAACGGUCACCUCUUCGUGUUCGCGAACACGAAGUCGGUGAUGUACGACUUCACCAAACACGUCAUCGUCAAACAAUACCCACCGUUGCAGGGUGGUCCGAGGAAUUACCCGUCGGCGGGGUCCUCGGCGAUGCUCGCCUUACAAGGAGACUACUCCGCCGCGGAGAUUGUCGUAUGCGGCGGAGCUCAAUACGGUGCGUUUCUCAUGAGGAGUAUGGAUACGCCGGCGAACGGGAGCUGCGGUAGGAUCUUGGCAACAGGGUCGAACCCGGUUUGGGAGAUGGAGGACAUGCCGUACGGGAGAAUUAUGGGUGACAUGGUUAUGCUUCCAAACGGCGAUGUUUUGGUGAUAAACGGAGCGAUGUCUGGGACUCAGGGAUUUGAAUUAGCUUCGAACCCGUGUUUGAACCCGGUUCUGUACCGGCCCGAUCAACCGGUUGGGUUACGGUUCAUGGUUUUGAACCCGGGAACUGUGCCUAGGUUGUACCAUUCAACUGCAAAUUUGUUACCAGAUGGGAGGGUUUUACUUGCCGGGAGUAACCCGCACGUGUUUUACCGAUUCGAUGCUGAGUUUCCGACAGAGUUACGAGUCGAAGCGUUUUCGCCCGAGUAUCUGAGUGCGGACCGGGCGAAUAUUAGACCGGGGAUUGAGGAAAUACCCGAAACGGUGCGUUUUGGAGGGAAGUUUGAUGUGGUGGUCGCUGUUUCUUUGCCUGUCGUGGGAAUCGUGGAAGUGAACUUGGCCAGUGCGCCUUUUUCCACGCAUUCGUUUUCUCAGGGUCAACGUUUGGUCAAACUGACCGUUACCUCCGCCGUGCCUGACGGCGACGGACGGUACCGGAUUGGAUGCACGGCGCCGCCAAAUGGGAUGGUGGCCCCGCCGGGAUAUUACAUGGCGUUUGCAGUGAACCAAGGUGUGCCCAGUGUUGCCCGUUGGAUACACGUGUCUUAGCUUUGAAAUUUGUUGUUUGAUGUGUUUACAAAAAUUGAAACUCUAUUUAUUUUGUUUUUUGGGCAAGUGGGAGAUUAAAAUCGAAACUAUGCAAUUGUUGAUAGGAAAAAGGAUUGGUGGAUGUGACCCAUGAGUUCCUAAUGGAUUUCGCAAUUAGUGAUUGAUUUAUGAAUAAUUUAAAAUUUU